AUGAAGAUAGUACUGCAUCUCUGGUUACUUGUUAGUGCGUCUACUACGAUAGCAGUCAAAGACCCGCCCCUGCCGCCAUGUCCGACAAACCUGCAGUACUUCCCUCAAAGCCUGCCGAUGCACUGCAGGAUGCCAAGAAGCGCAGAUCCCGCCCAAUUCCCCGGAUUUCCUACAUUACCACCUAUGUCUGAAUCCUUUUAUCAAAGUCCACCGCCAGAUAAACAGCCACGACCUAUCCCAAUACCAAUUCCUCCGUUUCCAGGAAUGCCUGGUGCUAUGCCAAUGCCAGGACCCAUGGGGCCAAUGGGCCAACCUAUGCCACCAGGGCCAAUGCCACCGGGGGCUAUGCCAGUACCUAUGCCCGGUGGUCCCAUGCCAAUGCCGAUGCCGAUGGUAGGAGGACCUCCACACAAGUUGCCAGUAAUCGUUAUGCCCUUCUACUCUCCGGAUAAUUCCUUUAAAAAGCAAUCGACGCCCAGGCCUCGACAUCGGCACCCAAAGAAGAAACGACCGCGGAAAAAGAGGCCCAACUCACACGAGUCCAACGACGAGACCAGCUCUGGCGAAGGUGGUUCCGGAUCUGAAGAUUCGGAAGAUUCAAGUGAACACGGAUUUUGGAAAGGCCGCGCCAAGGGCGGACGAAGGAAGAUGUCCCGGAGGCAGAUGUCUGGCAAAAAGUACAGGACAAAGAGGAAAGAAGUAGUAAAUAAUAAGAAAAAAGAGCUAUUAACUCCUAUACUCCAGUACGUCACGAAGGAUGGAUAUGUCAUUUUUGAAAAACAGAUUAGUAAAGGUGAAGCAAAAGACUGGUUGAAACCACCUCGUCCUGAUGGUCCUGAAGUUAAUGCAGUCGAAGAAAAACAUGAUGAAAAGUUUAAUGAAGUUAAGCCAAAAAGUGCUGAAAAAGUCGUAAAGGCAUAUGAAGAAGAAGAAGUUCAUAUGAGAGCUGAGGAGAGUAAAGAGGCAGAGGCAAUAACACAAAAACCAAGCAUAAAAGUUAAACCAAGACAUCGUCCCAGAAAACCAAACCCAUUAAUAAAGAGCGACCAAUAG